GAAGGCCCUCGCUUCCGCGCUUCCCAGCAGGCGCUGCGCAGCGUUGCACGGGCGAUGCGCUCGGCGGCGCUGGCUCUGAGCAGCGGAGCCCACGCUGGCGCAGACGACUUCGCCCACCGCAUGAGGCUGGAUGUGAUGAAGGACUCCGUGCUGAAACUAGACAGGUGGGCAGAUGAUUUGGCCAGCGCGGCUGGCGAGACGCGCCAGGGCAUCGGCAAGUUCCGCCACUCGAGCUUGCAGCUGGUCGAGGUCAUCAGGACGGCGGCUUUCGUGAAGGGCGGGCCGUCCAGGUUGCACGAUGGGGUUUCUGGAGUGGACGCAGAUUACGACGACCAGCUGCGCGAUCCAUCGACACUGCCGAGCGCUUCUACGGUGGCGCGCGGGCACCUGUCUCUCGACGUCGCCAUGGCGCUGAAUCGGAGGAGGACGUUCCACCCCGACACCUUCCGGUACCUGUGGACCGACUCGUCGCCUCACGCCGGGUUCGACUGGCUGUGGUCGCAGUGCCACGAGAUCCGUCGCGACAGAGUCGUCCAAGUGUGCAAGGACGUCCAUUUGUUGAUCACCAGGAUUGCUGCACAUGCGGAGACAAUUGAGAAGAGCGGCGGUGCAGUUCCACAUGACCCUCUACCUGAAUGGGCACCGUUGCUGAAGUCGAUGCUCGACAUCAGGGAGCACGUCUUCGUGCCGACGUCGCUGGCCAUGGGUCGCACUGGGAUUUCGCACAAGAUCUCUGCGCUCGUCCAUCAGUGGGGCUUGGAGCUGCCAGAGGGGGUCGGCUUGAAGGCGAUGGCACGCUCGUUUAUUUCGCACACGUCUGAUAUGGGGGUGGAGAUGUCGAUCCCCGAUUACAGCGUCGCCGACCACGAGGGCCUCAGCGCGACGUGGUUGGACAGGGCCCCCCUCAGGUUGGACGCAGAAUGCGUGCCCCCCGCCUUCGAGGACCGGGGCGACCUGUCCGCCGCUGGCGCCGAGCGCGCCGUCGAAGCCGAUUGCCAGAUGAGCGAG